AUGGCUGGACAUCAGAACUCCACAGAAUUGUGUCCCACCGCCACAAUACUGGAGAAAAUUAGACAAGAUGGGUUUGACCUUUAUGGCCUGAGGAAUUUGAAGAAAAUGAUAAAAUGUAUCGUCAAGCACGAAGUUCAAUGUGGGGAUGCAGCUUACUACUGUCGGAAGGAUUUGCAAAAGGUGUGGAUGAAAUGUCGAGACGAUCCAUUUUCUGACGACUUUGGAGUGAAGGCCAUACGAGAAGCUCAGACUCAGUGCCGGAACUGUGAGGAACAGGAAGCCCUGGCUAUCAAAAACGGAGCCAUCGACAAGAUCCGACAAAUCAUAGGAGAGUCGGAAAACAACCAUAAAACACUUGUUAAUUCUAAGUAUGACCUGGGUCUUGUGGCAAUGAUGAAACACAGGACGAACAUCCUGAGAGAAAUUAAGCGAUCUCGAGAGGCAUAUUACUAUUGCUGGAAAAUGGCUUUGUCGAUGAAAGAACGGGAGAAAGAGUUGACUGCAAGAAAUCGCCAGAGAUUCCAGAACUCGGACGCGCCUGAGGAGAUGAAAGUCCAGCUUGAGAAAAUGCGAAUGGAAUACAAGAAGUACAUCCAGACCGAACAAAACGAAAGACCAUUUUUUCUGAAGCUUUGCCGCGCCACAAGAACCACCUUAAUGCGACACGAACUUGAACUGUUCUUGAAGAAGAAAGAAGCAUAUUCCAUGGCUGCUGAUUGGCUGGAGAAAACCAGCCUUGUGAAAUCGCAAGGCGGUGCUAAAAACGGAAUGGUAGUGUUUUUACGGAAACAGUCGCACAUGAUGAACGCUAAGCAAUUCGUCGAAGGCUGGCUAAAGAUAAACUGUGAAGAAGUGGCGAUGCCACUCUAUGAGGAAUACGAUCCUAUGAAGGACGAUGUAAAACGUCCUCCAUCACCGGUCACCAGCCCCGUGAAAGCACCAUUACUAUCCGCAAACCUGGCCGGCGACAAGGAAGAAAACAAAGGUAAUACGGUAAUCAAAUCCUCUAGCAAUCCAGACAUACCCAUAGCCACGGACCAGGUGCUGAAAGAGGCCAAGGAAGAGAACCUCCCCUGUGAGUCUUAUAGUCUUCACACAGGACUGAAUUUGGAACCACCAUCUUGUGACCCAAAGCCAGCACUCCCUGACCGACGAGUUCGUAACAAAGCAAAUAAAAAACGACUGAAAUGUUCACACUGA